AUGGGGAAUACUAAGAGCAGCGCUUUGUCGAAGGAGCUCCUUGAGGAACUGAAAUCCAACACAAAAUACUCGGAGUCGGAGCUGUGCACCUGGUACCAGUCCUUUCUGAAGGAGUGUCCCGGCGGGAAGAUCAGCAGGCAGCAGUUUGAAGGCAUCUACGCCAGUUUCUUCCCAAACGCCGACCCCACAGAGUACGCACGCCACGUAUUCAGGAGUUUCGACACCAACGCAGAUGGCACUUUGGACUUUAAGGAGUACAUCGUCGCUCUGCACCUCACAUCUGGAGGAAAGACUCUGCAGAAGCUGGAGUGGGCCUUUGCCCUCUACGACGUGGACGGGAACGGAACCAUCAGCAAAAAUGAAAUCCUAGAGAUUGUUAGGUCAAUAUUCAACAUGAUUCCUGUUGACGACCAGAAGAACCUCCCAGAGGAUGAAAACACGCCUGAGAAAAGGGGGGAAAAAAUCUGGGAAUUUUUCGGGAAGAAAGAAAACGGUAAAUCACCAUUAAUUAACUCGGUUUUAACAGCUGCUUUAUGGCUUUUUUUCUGUUCCAUAAAAAGCACCCACAUUGAUGCUGUUUUUCGUCCUUUCCCAGAUAAAAUCUCAGAGGGAGAAUUCAUUCAGGGAGUGAUGGACAACAAGGACAUCCUGCGGUUGAUACAAUACGAUGAGCCUCAGAAAAUUAAAGACAAGCUGAAAGAGAAGAAGCAGUAAUAUAUUAGCUCAAGCCCCUUUUGUGAUUUCAAGACUGUUUUAUUUUUUCUGUUUACAUUUUAUCACGAUCUGGCUGCUUGUCCACUUCACUCACGUCUCUCUCUCUUUUUGUCUUUCACGAUUAUUAACAGUGUUUAAUUAUUGUCUUUGUAACCAGAAAGCAAUAAAAUAAUUGCAUUUCAUACCAGAAAACAGAAGCA